AUGAAGAAGAAGAACAACAAGAAAGUUGUUAAAUCGGCUAGGGAAAACUUAACUGCUGCAAAACAGAAGGAAAAAGUUAUCGAAUUGUUGGAGAUAGAUGGUAAGAAAGUCAGUAAAACUUCAACGGGGAAAAGAAAGUUCCAUAAUAAAUCAAAGACUGGCUGUCUAAAUUGUAAAAGAAGGAGGGUCAAAUGUGAUGAAACUAAGCCGUUUUGCAUAAAAUGUACAAAUAUGAAAUUAGACUGUGUGUACGUAACACCACUACCAAAUACAAAUUCGGAUGGUACCAAUAACAGCAACAAUAGUACCAAUUCUAAUGCGACAGGACCCAUUGUUAAAUAUGUCACUAGAAAAGAGGAUGGGACUAUCGAAACAACAGAGGCAUCCACUGCAACUCCUGUAGUUUCAGAUUCUUCAAAUGGUACACCAUCAACAAGAAAAGCUAAAAAUACCACGAGAGUUAAAUUAGAAAAUGAAUCACCUCAAAAUUUAACUAAUAAUGAUACAUUUAAUGACUUUCAGGCGCAAUUUUUACGGAAAAAUCCAGAAAUGGCUACUGAGUCGGCACUUUUCACUGCAAUGAGCAAUAAUAACACUACAAACAAUAGUUUUAGUAGUGGGUCGGAUCCUAUAGUACCAUUGCUGGGUUCUGCAUUCAAUAACAAUAAUAUCGCCAACACUAUAAAUAGCAGGACUAACACAAAUUUGUUAACAAAUUUUAAUAACAAUGGUGUUGCUUCAUUACCAUCAACAAAUUUUCUAAACCAGUCACCAAAUAAUAAUAAUAAUAUUAACAAUAACAUACUUUCAAAUGAAAGAAACCAAAGCAUAGAUUUUUCAACAAGUCCCACAUCCCUAUAUCUAACUCCAGUCUUGAAUAACAACACUACCGUCCCAUCUCCCAAAAAAGUCAUAUCUGGGCCGGAUCACACACAUCAGCAGUUACAAUACCAAUUGUACCAACAACUACAAUUACAACAACAUCAACAAUUACAACUUCAACAAAAUGAAAAUCUGCAAUUGCAACAACAAGUAUUACAACAGCAACAACAGCAACUGUUACAACAAUUUUUAAAUCAAAAUCAAGGUCAAACUCAAAAUAAUAGUAGUCAUUCAAACAUAGCUGCACGACUUCAAUCAAUGAAUGAACAAAGUAUCAUACCUUCGCAAAUUAAUAUUAAUCAUAAGAGCUCAUCGACCUUCAAUAAUGAAAAUACUAUAUCUUUACAAGAAGAUGCACUUUCACAAUUGGAUAAACUUGGCUUGAACUUAAAAAUGUUAGGAAAUUUACCAACAGCAGGUAUUGGAGGAAUACAAUAUGAUUUCAAUGAAUUGCUGGGAAUGAAAGUGAACACCAAAACAGGCAAUACCAUAAAUAAUGAAGGAAACAAUGGUACAAGAGCUGCCAAAGCAUCUUCUGCAAGAGAAAUAUUGACAGACAUGCAACAACAGCAUGAAAGAGCCACAAGAGAGAAACAAGAAUAUGCUAAAGGCAAAGACAAUUUAAAUCCAAAUUUAAACGACAUUGCAACAGCAAUAUCUACAAGUCAGUCAUUACCAUCAAUCUAUUCAAUUAAUAACGAAACGAUAAAUUCAGAGACACCCACAAAUAACGAUCAUGAAAAUAGUGAUAGUUCCAUUAGCCAAUUGUUGAAAUUGUCAACUAAAGCCAAUCUAAAUUUGAUCGAUAUGAAACUGUUUCACCAUUAUUGUUCUGUUGUAUGUAGUACAAUCACAUCCGCACAAUUUUCAACGCCGGAAGUUUGGAGUAAAGACGUUCCAGAAUUGGCAUUCAUAUAUCCCUUUUUAAUGCAUUCUUUAUUAGCUUUUAGUGCCACACAUUUAUCUAGAACUGAAUCUGGCUUAGAACAAUAUGUUUCAUCACACAGGCUGGAUGCCUUAAAACUUUUAAGAGAAGCUGUAAUGGAAAUAUCCGAUGAAAAUACAGACGCAUUAGUUGCUAGUGCAUUGAUUUUGAUUAUGGACUCAUUGGCUAAUGCUUCCACAUCAACAACCAAUACAAUGUCUCCUUCAGCAUGGAUUUUUCACGUGAAAGGUGCUGCCACUAUCCUUACUGCAGUUUGGCCGCUCAAUGAAAACUCAAGAUUUUAUGACUUGAUUUCUGUGGACCUGAGUGACUUGGGAAAUGUGAUAACAAGUAACAACUCAAAGGACAGCACUGGUAUGACAGAAUUAGUUUGUUUUGAUGAGAGUAUAUCUGAUUUGUACCCCGUGGAGAUAAAUUCACCUUAUCUAAUCACGCUAGCGUAUCUCGACAAAUUGAAUAAAGAGGUUAAUGAAUCUGACUUUAUAUUAAGAAUAUUUGCAUUCCCAGCACUGCUGGACAAGACAUUUUUAGCUCUGUUAAUGACAGGAGACUUAAAUGCAAUGAGAAUUAUGAGAUGCUAUUAUAAGUUACUAAGAGGAUAUACAAUGAAAGUUAAGGACAACGUUUGGUUUUUGGAAGGGGUCUCACAAGUUCUCCCACAAGACGUCGAUGAAUAUAGUGGUGGUGGGGGUAUGCAUAUGAUGUUAGAUUUCCUUGGAGGCGGAUUGCCAUCGAUGACGACUACAAAUCUAUCAGAUUUUAUAUAA